ACAACUUGUUGUAUUGCAUUUAUUCGCAGACAUUGAUGGAUCGCUCCCCCGAAAUCUAGGCUUGAUAUUUGUGAACCAAUAGUGUCAGAGUGGAAGUUACUAACCGAGAGGUAGAACAUUCAUCAUUGGCAUUACUGACGGCGGUUAAUCAGAAUAAAGAAGCAUAGUCUCUUGAUAAAAGAUAAACAGAAAAAAAACAGGAACGUAUUCAAGACAAACGUGACCAAUUGCUUUUGCCAAAGAUUCGGGUUCCAGAAGGAACAUCAACGGAUUAAUGCAUAAAUCAAGUGAGACAAGGCGAUAAGAGAUUUUAUAGACAGAUUAACAAAUACACCUUUUACCUGAAAAAGGUGCUUCAAUAUCUUCGUACGCUAUUAUACUCGACAUGGAGUGGAACUUAAUUUGGAACUGUGUUUUCGGAGCAAUUAUAAGCACGUGUGCUUUCUGUUUGGAUCGGUUAGAGUUACCGGCCUACGAAUAUCAGAAGCGUUUCCAAACAGAGUUGUUGCCUGGCAAAUGCCCAUCGCGAAUCAUACAAUACCCAGAGUCAGUGUAUUCGGAACCAUGUACGUUUCCUAAUCGGGCUGGGAUUGUCGAUUACAAGUUUAAGCCGACGGAGACCACGAUACGAACCACCGUGACGAAUGCCUCUCAUCUCAUGUCAGCCAUUGGUCUAUGUGAUGCAAAAUCAGCAGAUUUUUUUGGCCUACUUGCAAAAGGAGAUUGUUUGGCUAGUGAAAUAGCCGGUAUGGUUGAUUUCGAACCAAAGACGGCCACGUUUCUUUACGUGGACCACUACAGACCAAGGUUGAAGACAUUGAUACCAACACAUCCUAUCAACAUCCCUCCUGAAUAUACACAGUACCUCAACAACAGCUUCUUCACUGAAAGCAUAUCUAUUGGUUCCGAAGAAAUACUGCUCGUUGAGAUGCACUUUUCCAAGGAGAAAGAGGCCAAGCAUGCCGCUGAAGAGUUUCAUACUCAAGACAUGCUUUCGAUGAUGAUGCAUGUUGCGCGGUUUGUGGGGACUCCUCGAAAGAUAAAGGUAGUUCGAGUUUCCACUUCGGACCAUGUUGUCGUGGCGAAGGUGUUCCGUGGAGAAAUGGCCAUAUUCGAGGCGAUUGGCUAUGUGCAAGAAUGUGAGAAGUCCAUCGAGAAGGUCAGGCGUGAAUUGCAGCAGGGGGUUCGACACUCACAUUUGAAGUAUACCUUUAAGGCAUAUGAGAUAGGACCAAUUGCACUGUCCUUACAAUCUGUCUCUGAGAAGGAUAAACAACAAGCAUGGGAACAAAUUGCUCUUGUGCAGGUGGAAGCGAAACGCUUGUAUAACAGAAAUAAACGAUACAAGAAAUUUGGAAGUGAUAUGUUUUCAGCUUUCAUCGAUGUUUAUAAGUGCAAAUCCACGACGCAGAACGGCAAAUACUGCAAACAUGCACUUGAAAUGGUCAAAGAGCUGAAGAAAAUAAACACACAGAUCCACACACAGAGGAGAGACUGGCUCAAGAUGCCGUACGAGAAACAGAUUGACGUGAUCAACAGCGGAAAGCGAAAUAUAAAACUGUAUACCAACACUAUGCGAACUGUUUCUAAGCAGCUGGAAUCUCAAAAAGCGGUCAAAAAAUUGAAUGCUCACAAACUGCUUUAGUCGAAUAUAGGCGGACGUUUUUGAUCCAUUAAAAAUCAUCUCUGUGAUUUACAUAAAGAUCAGACUGCAUGUUGACGGAGCCUCGUUUUGGGGUUUUUCGCAUAACAAACGUGACUGCAUAAUCACGUACGAUCUAUGUGGUGGUAAAACAGGUUGUGGAUGGUUUGUUGCUUUGUUUAUCAACAAUAACAGGACGCAGAGCUUAAAAGCGAUAAGAUAAUGAUGCCUAGACAAUGAGUCUGCGGUGUUAUUUUUGAAAUCGGGUUUCUUGAAGAUAAAGUAAUGGAUGUGCGCAGAUACCAGCACAACCAUCACCAGUGAAAAAGACGAGAUUACAUCUUGCCAAAUCAUAGGUGUGGUCGGCAGUUAGGUUUAUUCAUGAAUUUGAUUUUACACUUGAAACAAGUAUAUCCGUUUAACUUAUUGAACUUUGUUUUUCAAAAUUGAUAAAUAUAUAUCUAACGCCAUAAUUAUAAUGACUAUGUAUCAAUCAAUAGUAUUUGUUUUACUGAACCCGAUAGCAAAUGAUCUGCAGUAAAUCGAGUAAAUAUACUCCGAUCGUGCCAAAUGUGGAUAUAAUAUUUAUUCCUUUCGUUCUAAGGCUUCGGAAAAAUAAAACAUAAUCAAACAAUUUUUAUGGAAUAGUUAUUUUAAUUAAAACGUUAUUUGCUUUCAUUUGAAUAGCUGCCGUUUUAGGAUUAAUUUAAUUAUUUGUUGUGGAACGCGGCUUGAAUAUGGUGUUAGUUGUAUACAAAUGUAAUAUAAAAGAAUACUACAUAAUCAAAUUUACCAAUAUGGAUAUUCUUUUUAUUUAUGACCAAUGUGCUGAAUCAGGUUUUAUUUUAUAGUGACACAUGCAUGGAUCUGUUAUAUAAUUGCAAUUGUUAUCACUACAUGAGAUUCUUAUUAUCAAAAUGUGUUUUUAAAAAAACGAUCAAAUAAAUGUACUCGUUUAGUUGUUUAAACUAAUUGUGAAAUACCAUUUAAAUGUUAAAUAAUUAACUUAUACUAUGUUGGUAAUAAAAACCUUGUUUUAAACCUGAAUAUAAAAGUAAACAAAUCAGAUAUUGUUUUACGUGUUAAAAUAAUUUAACACAAAAUAUUUUCUACUUGACGUAAAACAUAUAUUUGAUGUAACAGAUAGUCUUUAUAACAUAUAGAUUUACUAAUUAAGCAUUCGUUUGUAAAGUAUUAAUGUGUAUAUUUGCGCUUGGAUAUAAUGUUUGUGUAUUAUGUAUUUAUAUGCAAACCCACUCAUAAAUAAAUGAGAUAUAUUCAU